AUGAGCGUUGAUGAAAAUGACGUUGUUCGUCAACGAUUCGAUCGAGGGAUAUCAGAAACGAUCAUUCUGAAUGAUGAUGGAAAGUAUGGCAUCAUGAUUGGGAGUCAGGACGGGCGGACCACUUCACCCUCAAUUGUCAUCGUACUAAAAAUAGCGCUGAUGCGAACCGCAAUGGUAUUAAAAAAGUUUUGCGAUGCAAGUGAACAUCGUCGCAAAAAAUUCACCGGCAGUUUUGGGAAACCGCCAUGCUUCUCCUAUUCGUAUGGAAAUAAUCCAACGAUACUUUGA